CCUACUUUUAUAUAAAAAAUUUCAUUUAAAUUUUAUCUUACAUACUAUAUUUUCCUGACUUGAACAUUAGUAUGCGUCUAAAAAUCCUACUUUCGACAUCUCAGACUAGCAUCUCUAACUAUCUCUCUAUUUCACAUCACACGAACUUUCAAGUCAAUUAUCCAACCAACUUUUCAAGCAAGCUCCCGCUCACCAAACCCAAAACACUUCAUCAAUAUUGUUAAAUUUGGAGUAUUUAAAAUUCUAAAUUUAACUUACGCACAGGUAAGUACUGCAAUUCAAUAUUUCAAACAGAGUCUAGUAAGCAGUUUUGGCAAACUCAACACUAAAAGACUAAAACCAAGUUGAACUCGUCUCUGACGUGAGGCACAUGAAAUUAUUAGCUUGGACUGGCUAAAAGUACAAACAUCCAUUUCUGCCAUUUCUUGCUGGAAGGAAAGGCUUCAAUAUGUGCAGGACAAUAGAGAAUAGAAAAAAGCAUAAAAAGUUAGAGCUGAGUCAAGUGGAUGUAACAGGAAAACCGAGGCUAACUAACGUUUUAAUUUGUAAGCUGCAAAUAGUGAAUUUGCAAAAGGAAAAAGUUGCAACCAUUUGUUUGCUUACUUGGGACAAUGUGAUCCACCUAAUCCAAACUCGUUUGUCCGAAGUAGCUGCAACAGGGGCAAGGCUUGGCUCACCUUCUCCCUAUAUAUUUAAGUACCCAGACACCCACUGCCUCACCUUUCACUCUAUCCUCCAAACUCUGUUUCCCUGUUUCUCUAGGAAAGAAUUUUUUGCUGGAGCAAGCAAAUCCGAGGAAACUAAUUAGAUUUUCUUUGUUGGGGUGAGUUUCAUUUUCAUAAUGGCUGGGACUGGAGUGUUCGCGGAGAUACUGGACGGAGAUGGUUACAAGUACUAUGCUGAUGGAGAAUGGAAAAAGUCUUCUUCUGGAAAAACUGUUGCUAUUAUCAACCGAACUACGAGAAAAACUCAGUAAAAGUUCAAGGUUAAACAGCUAACAUGUAAAAUCACUGGUUUCUGCUAAUCAAGUAAUCAUACAUCCAUGCUCUCAUUUUAAAAUUUUCUCAUCAAGUUUUGCUUUUCUUUAGAAGAAUGGAGUGUUUUUCUCUUCGUUCCUUUUUAAUUAGCUAAUUGAAAACUUAAGUUUGCUUCGUGUGGUAAAUCGAUUUCUUUGUUGUCUUUUGUGGUGCUUUAUAUUGAUCAAGGUGAUAUAGUUAUGUAAUAUACCAAAACCUGAGCCUUAACUGUGAUUCUAUUUGUUUGUCAAAAAUCAAAACAAAGAAAUGAGAAAGAAAUGUUACCCACAAAAGUCUGGUAUCUUCAGGUUUGUUAACUUAGGGAAAUUCAUUAUUUAUGGUGCUGAAACAGCUUGUACACAAGAAGAGGUAAACAAAAUAAUGGAAUCAGCAAAAAUUGCGCAAAAAUCAUGGGCUAAGACUCCACUUUGGAAGCGAGCAGAGCUCCUUCACAGAGCUGUUGCCAUCCUAAAGGAGCAUAAAGCACCAGUUGCUGAAUGCCUGGUUAAAGAAAUUGCUAAACCAGCCAAAGAUGCAGUUACCGAGGUUGUGAGGUCCGGGGAUCCGGUUUCUUACACUGCUGAAGAGGGGGUUAGGAUUCUUGGUGAAGGAAAAUUCCUGGUAUCUGAUAGUUUUCCCGGGGAUGAAAGAACCAAAUAUUGCCUCACCUCCAAGAUUCCACGUGGAGUGGUUCUAGCCAUUCCACCAUUUAACUAUCCUGUCAACCUGGCAGUUUCAAAAAUUGCACCAGCAUUAAUUGCUGGGAACUCCCUUGUGCUCAAGCCACCAACACAUGGUGCUGUUUCUGCUCUUCAUAUGGUGCACUGCUUUCAUCUGGCUGGUUUCCCCAAAGGGCUCAUCAGCUGUGUGACAGGGAAAGGCUCUGAGAUUGGUGACUUCCUUACUAUGCAUCAUGGAGUUAACUGUAUAAGCUUUACUGGUGGAGACACUGGUAUUGCUAUCUCAAAGAAGGCAGGAAUGAUCCCUCUUCAGAUGGAGUUGGGAGUAAAAGAUGCCUGUAUCGUACUUGAGGAUGCUGACUUAGAUUUGGUUGCUGCAAACAUAAUAAAAGGAGGAUUUUCUUACAGUGGCCAAAGAUGCACUGCUGUUAAGGUUAUCUUGGUGAUGGAAUCCGUUGCUGAUGUUCUUGUGGAAAAGGUGAAGGCUAAAGUGGCAAAGUUAACAGUUGGGCUGCGGGAGGAUGACUGUGACAUCACACCCGUUGUGUCGGAGUCAUCUGCAAAUUUCAUUGAAGGGCUGGUCAAGGAUGCUAAAGUGAAAGGAGCUACAUUUUGUCAGGAGUACAAAAGGGAUGGCAAUCUUAUCUGGCCAUUGUUGUUAGACAAUGUUCAACCUGAUAUGAGGAUUGCAUGGGAGGAACCAUUUGGACCAGUUUUGCCAGUAAUAAGAAUCAAUUCUGUUGAGGAAGGAGUCCACCAUUGCAAUGCUAGUAACUUUGGACUCCGGGGAUGUGUCUUCACUAAGGAUGUCAAUAAAGCAAUAUUAUCAGUGAUGCAAUGGAGACGGACGGUUCGGAUAAAUUCUGCACCAGCUCGUGGACCAGAUCAUUUCCCAUUCCAGGGUCUUAAAGACAGUGGAAUCGGGUCACAAGGGAUUACCAACAGCAUUAACAUGAUGACAAAGAUCAAGACCAUCGUCAUCAAUUUACCAACCCCAUCUUACACCAUGGGUUAAUACAUGAUCUCACCACUUGUUAUCUUAGCUGAGAUGUUAAAUUUGUGUUUAGACUUCAUUGCCAUAUGACAUUCAGUGAAAAAAGUACGAAUAAUGGAGAAACGCAAAUUUGAACAUGAAGUUUAACUCGGUUUAUGUAAUUAUUUUUAAGAAGUAUCAUCCAGUAGGUUUGGGGUUUAAAUCUCAGCAUCUCUUCCCCUAUCUUUAGGCUGUGACCUCAUGGAGACAUGCAAAUUUGCAUCCAGCUAUAUUGUAUGUUAUCAGGUGUGCCUAAGUUUCUGCUACACUUUGAAGACCUAGGAGGGAAAUUGAAUUUGUUAUUACUGCAUUGCUUCUUUUUUGAAGCAUGGUCAAAGUAGAAAGAAAAGCUUUGAAUGAACUGAUUGAACCCUCAUAAUUAUGGAGUAGUGUGUGCCUGUUUUCUUGACCAAAGAACAAAAUGAUGCAGCCAAUGGACAUUCUAACGUAUGAGAGGCGUCAAGGGGCCUCUAUUUCUCAUCCAUAUCCUCGUCAUCCUGAUUCCUGCAUCAUCAAUUGUUCAUGAUUUUUCAUCCGGGGAGGAUUACGUUCUGAAACUACAAAGUCUUUGUUUAUUGCACUCCACUUGACA